AUGAGAUUCCACUCUGUCCUGGGCCUUGCCCUCCUCGCCGUCCCGGCCCUCUCUGCUCCCGUCGCUCAUGAAGACGAAUCCCACCAGCACUAUGGCGUGGCCGCACUGAGCCAGUAUAACGCUACUGUCAACGGUACCUUUAAGCUUGCCCGAAGCCAUGUUGGCUCCAACGAGAAUACCAACAGCACUGGCAAGCGCGGAGAUGACGACGACGACGACGACGACGACGAUGACGAUGGCGAUGAUGAGAGUGACGAUGAGAGCGACGAUGAUGAUGACGAUGACGAUGAUGACGAGGACGAUGACGACUUCAAGUGGCCAUUUGGUCGUCCUCCUUGGGCCCAGCCUCACGGCAGCCAUGGAGGCAAGGAAGGCGAGAAUGCUGGCAAGAAUGGCCAGGAGAAGGGCAAUCAUGGAGGCAAAGAAGGCGAGGAUGCUGGCAAGAACGGCCAGGAGAAGGGCAGCCAAGGCUCUGGUCAGAGCGGCCAGGGCGGACAGGACAAGUCCGGCUCGAGCUCCUCUGGUCAGAACGGUCAAGAGAAGGGUUCUCAAGGCUCCGCCGGACAAAGCGGCAAGAAUGGCCAGGAGAAGGGUAGCCAGGCUUCCUCGGGCCAGAAUGGCCAAAAGGAGACCGGCCAGGAAUCAUCCUCAUCUGGUCAGAGUAGCUCCGAUAAGACUGGCCAGGAGUCAUCCUCCUCUGGUCAGAGCGGCUCUGAGAAGACUGGCCAGGGAUCAUCACCCUCUGGUCAGAGCUCCUCCGGCCAGAAUGGCAAAGGAAAGGGAAGUAGCCAGAGCUCCAGUCAGGCUGGCAAGGGCCAGGCUGGCCAGAGCGGCCAGAACGCUGGCGGCUACGACCAGGAGACUGCCAGCCAAGACUGCGAAGAGAGCGACGGCCAAGCCCAAGGCAGCGAGUACAACAAUGGUGGUGCCUACGAGAAUGGCAAGCAGGGCGGCCAGGCUGGAAAAGAGACCCAGGCAGGCAAGCAGUCUCUGUGA